CUCUGGCAGUUUGAAGCCAUUCCCCCUUGUGCUGUCACUACAUGUUCUUGUAGUCCAUCUUUUCUGUAGGCUCCCUUCAAGUUACCUGUUGAACUGGUUGAAAUGAUCAUCAAGUUAUUUUUAGACGUCUGUAAUUUUAUAUUUUUAACCUGAUAGGAUCUCAUCCUGCAGAGCUGAGCUGAGCAGGUCCUGAGCAAUGCACCCAACUCACCUGCACAGCUCAGGUUCCAUCUUUCAUUCUUACUUGUCCUGCUUUGUGCCACUUUGCUGACCCACGUUUGCUUGAAGAGCACAGCCUGGCUAUAGAUUCAGAAUCUCAGUGGAUAGGGCUUUAAUAAGUGUCUUUCUGAAGGUCUGUAGCAAAUCAUGGUGAUCCUCUGCACAAACUGAGGUUUUUAAUUCAACAUCUAGAGUGCUCUAAAGAACAACUUGUGAAAGAAGGUGAGGUCUUUGGAGGGAGAACGUGCUCUGCUGAAUGGCUGUGAAUUAAGUGUGGAAGAAUGAACUGUCAGAAGUGCCCACUCUGUCUGGUGACCUCGUUGGAUUCUGGAGAAAGGACAUCCCUGAGGUGUUGGAAGGGCUGAUGCAAACCUGAACUGACCCUGCCCUCCACUCCUCACAGUGUCAUUAGGCCACGGUGUUGCUGGGAGCUGCAAACCAAUGGAUGAACAGGACAGUGAUUUUAAAGAGUUGUGGGCAAAUAUUUUGAAUGGGGCGAAGAAAAAGGCUGGAGAUGCUGAAACAGCAAAGAGGGCUCAGAACAGGUCAAAGAGCACCACCACAGCACGGAGCAAAUUAAGAAGAGGCAAAGCUGCUGCUCAGAGCCAAACCCAUCCUCACUUACCAGCAGUGAAGGAGACAAACUCGCCUCGAGAUUCGGGUCCACAGGAACAAACAUUGGUGCCCAAAGAAGAGGGUGAUGCUGCAGCCUGUGGUGGUGAGACUGCACAAGGGGAUGGAAGGAGAAGCCCUUUCCCUGCCAGCCAGAUGAGCUCAGGGACCUCUGAGUGUAGCCAGAGGCCUCUGACAGUAAACACCCCGAGUGGCUGUUCCCAGACAACAUUACCCUUCCUUCCUGCCACACAGCCAGGAACCUGCUCCUCACCCACCUCGAAGGUGCAGCUGCCGGCGGGGCCGAAGGUGCGGGUGGCAGAGCUGGUGGUGGAGAGAAUGCAGCAGUUCAAGAGGGUGGCACCUGAGCAGCUGAAACUCAGCACAGAUGGGAGUGUGCCAAGGGCUGCAGCCAGUGGGGAUUUCCCUGAUGGAAGCCAGGAGCAGAACCCUCCAGAGGAUGAUACCCACCAGCUCCCAUCCGUGGAACACGAUGGUGCUCUGGCUUUGGCUCUUCAGCAGGAAAGCAAAGAGGAAGCCAUGGCAAGCCUGGAGGAUGCAGGGUUGUUCUUUUGCCAGAUCUGCCAGAAGGAUCUCUCGGCCAUGAACACGACACGACGGGAGCAGCACGUCAACAGGUGUCUGGAUGAGAUGGAGGAAGCACAGAUGUCAUCCUCCAGCAAACCAGUGGUCCCUGAAUGUCCCAUCUGUGGGAAGCAGUUCCAAACCCCACAGAGCAGAGUCAGUCACCUGAAACGCUGUGCUGUGGAGAUGGAUGUUCCUCCUAAUCUGCUUCUUCAGGCAGUGCAGCUGCAGGUGGCCACACUUGGUGAUGCACCUCUUCACUGUCCCAGCAAUCAGCCGAGCAGGGCAAAGCGAAAAGGCUCCUCCAACGAGGACUCAAAGAAAACACAGAAGAGGGCCAAAAUGGAGCCUAAGGAUGAAGAUUUGCAGGUUGCCAUGGCAAUGUCACGCUCUCUGUUGGAGCAGGAAAAGCAGGAGCAAGCAAGAUCCGUUACAAAUGUGAAACCAGUGGCUGCUUUCCCAAUCAAAUGGAAGCCAGGAUCAGAGAAGAAGCGGCGUAGGAGAGGCCCGGCUGCCCCUCCGCCGCUGCUGCUGCAGGACCCGGAGAAGGUGCGCAGGAGGAUCCAGGAGCGGGUGGCUAUGCUGCUUGCAGAAGAGGUGGAAUUCCCUCCCACCCCCCAGCUUCCCAUUAGCAAGAUUUUGGAGGGUGAAUCUGGGAAAGCAGCCUGGCUCUUGCCAUUGUCCAAAGCCAAGGAGUGCUUUUUAUGGAAGAUCAGUGCUCUGACAGGACCCUGUGACCCCGAAUCGUUCUACACUGCUGCACUGACCCCUCCAAUUGUGCCUUGGAAGCCUGUGCAGAAUGAGAAGCCAGAGAACCUUGUGCCAUCGGUGGGAUCUCAUCAGCCAGAAGUAUCCCAGCAAAUUCAGCCUCACCUCAGUUCUCAGGAACUCACUUGCACAGAAACUGGAGGCCAAACUUCUGAUGAAUCCAAGCCAGGCCCUGAAGGAGAUGGGCAGUUUUUAUCUCCCAGCCAGAAGGAUGUUCAGACUCUGCAGGACCUGGUAGAGUUGGCCAGGGAAGGACUUACCCUUACUCAGUGGAACCUUGAUGUUGGCCACGUUCAGGCAGCAGAGCAGCCAGGAGAAGAACUGAGUCCCAGUGAUCCUCCACAGAGUGGCUUUGUGCCCCCAUCCAAAGAGAGGAGCCUCCUCAGGAGCAGCAGUAAAAGAUCCUCUCUCAGGCUGCUGGCUGAAGAUUUCGGGGCAAUGGUCAACAACCCCCACCUGAGUGAUGUGCAGUUCCAGGUGGACUCUGGGGAGGUCCUCUACGCCCACCUGUUCGUGCUGUACGCGCGGUGCCCGCCGGCCGCGCAGGCUGUUCACAGCCAGGGGUUGGUGGUGGAGGAGGACGGGGCGGCGCCGACGCGCCGUGUGCUGCUGAGCGACGUGAUGGCCGAGGCCGUGGGCGCCUUCCUGCGCUACCUCUACGCUGCUGACACCCACGUGCCCCCAGGGCUGCGGCCCCAGCUCGGCGCCCUGGCUGCCAGGUUUGGUGUCAGGGAACUGAUGGCAGAGUGUGAAAACAACACUGGAGAGAGUCAAGUGUCUUCUGGAGUGGAUUCAGAAGAUGAUCUUCUCUCUGUGAGGGAUGACAAAGAUUGUGAGGACAGAGCUGAGAACUUCCAAGAUCUCUUGAACUCAGUGUGGGUGGGUGAAGAUGAGGAGGAAGAAGCUAUGCUGACCCCUGAAUGCCAGAAGGAAGAUGACAGUGGGGUGAGUGAACGGGACCUGGAGGAGAUCUAUGAGUUCGCUGCAACCCAGAGGAAGAUGGCUAAAGGUGAAGGAGAGGUGAGCGAGGGAACAGACUGCAGCAUCUGCAGUGACACUGAGACAGCUCAAGGUACAGACCAGCCACCUGAGGGGGAAGAGGCAAAGAGACCUGAAUCUGCUUCAGUAAGCAACAGCUUCAAAGUUCCAAGGGAUAGCAACGAUGUGGAAAGAUCUAAAUGUGACUCGUCUGCACAAGUAGAGAAAAUCCAGCAUAUAAAUAGAUGCAAGAGCAUGAACCAUCCACAGACCGCUACUGUGCCUCACCACAGUGAACCUCAGAAAUGGGAUGGAGCAUCCCAUGGUGCUAAUGAAGGGGAGGCUGUCAGUGGAUGUGAAGGUGUGGAGGAUUCCAGGUCAUCUCGGGUCUCACAGGACGAGGCAGAUCACUGUGAGGAACAGCUUCCUGGUUCCCAGGGUGCCACUGAUGUAAAUGAUGGUUGUGAGCGCUUGUUUUCUGCCUCUCAGGGGGAUCACUGGGAGCCUUCCCCGAUGAAAGAAGUUAUCAAAGAAUCAGGAAAGUCCCCUAAUGAAAAACAUGUUGAUCUUAAUGACUCAUUUCUGUUCAGCAAGUCACAGAAAGACCACUCACCAUGUAGGAAUGGUUUUUGUGGGAGUCCAGCUCCUAAACCUUAUAUGCCCCUUUUUCCUGCUGUUGGCUCUUCACCUGCAUCUCCAAAAUCAGAGGGAAAGUUUGCCAGAGACCAUGUGUCAACACCAAAGCAAAACAAAAAGGAAAAAUCGUUUCCCUGUGAUGAAAUACACUCCCAGAAAGCCAAGGAGCUGGAUGCUGCACUGAGAAAUGAGAACAUAGUUUCUCCAGCAGAGCUUCCCCACAGUGAUUUAAACAACCACACACAUGUCCCAGUGUUGUCAUCACCAGGCAGGACUCAGGAUGAGUCAGGGGAACAAGCUCAGGGGAACAAAGAGGGUGAUGUUAUUGUUUUAUCUUCUGAUGAUGAAAUGGAGUUACAACAAGACAAGAAGUCACCAGAGUCCAGCCCUGCUCCGAAGGAAAUGGAAAUCCCUGGGCAGCUGAAGUGUACAGAAAUAGAACAAGGUCCUGAGGUACCAAAACCUGAACAUACCUCAUCAGUUCCUGAACAUACCUCAUCAGUUCCUGAAACAGAGCAGAAAUCAGCCCAGGUCUCAUGUGGCAGUACAGACGCAGUGCAUGUAAGUAAAGAUGUAGAGGUGUCCCCUGAAUUGCCCCUCAGCAGACAAACAGGUGCUUGUACAGAGAGCAAAAGGAGUCCAAACCCGAGCCCUGAGAAGAGGCUCAGUCAUGAAAUGUCCUCAGGCACAGACAGCUCCUGGCUCGUGCCAGGCACACCAGUUCUGAGCAAAAACAGAAGCUUCUCAACACAGACUCACGUCACAAGUAUUAAUUCUUUAAAGAGUCCAAGAUCUAAACUCAGCACAAAGAAGUUAGCAGCAGGUAGUAGUAACCAUGAACUUACUGGAAAUUUUAAAAAAGUCCAUGAAACAACACUGUCAGAUAAAGAUUUGCCUAUGGAGAGCUCAGCCACUGAAAGGAGCGUGUCCAGCAGCCCAGCAGCAGGCUCCCUUUCCAAGAGCUCCCCACCAGUUCUUCCAGUGGAUCCAGUUCUCCUUUCCCCUGGCCACACCAACACCAAAAGCAAAUGUGCCGAUGUCUCAGGUUUAUCCAAACCUCCAUGCCAUGAGCAGCCCCUGGAAGAUGGACCAAACGUCAGCGUGGUUGAGGUCGAGGACGGUGAAAGGGAAGUAAGUUUGCCUUCUCUGGGCAGCAGUGUCCUGCUCUGUGAGGAGCCCCCGCUCCCCACUGAUGACUGCUGGCACGUUGAGUACCUGUCACCAGUCAGAGGUGACAGCCAGGGCUCUGGCCAGGUCAGCUGUGCCAAGGUCAGCACGGUCAGCAGCCCCAGCCCUGGCUCUUGGCAGGACCAGUGGGAGAGCCCAGUCCACACGCAGGGAAUUAAGGGCAGCACCCCUCUCCAAGGAAGUCCUGCUGGCAGGAGAACAACUUUGCUCUGCCCUGAGAAGAGCCCCAUUGAGGCAUCUUCAUCGUUGGGCAGCAGACCCAGUUACCUCAACUCCAAAAUCUGGGAUGAUUGGAAUGGAGAAGAGAAGGAAGAUGAGUUUCCAGAGAUUCUUCCUCUGUCUCAGAGGUUGGCAGCUGCAGCUGGUGCCUGUCAGAUAGAUCCUGUCAAGACUCCUGAACCUUCCUGUCAGGAGCACAGCAGGUCUCCCAGCACUCCCGUGACCCCCAUGCCAGCUUAUUCCAUCAUGGAGACCCCACAGCUGAAGAAGGAGUUGAGCAGAUUCGGAGUUCGUGCUCUCCCAAAACGCCAGAUGGUGUUGAAGCUGAAGGAGAUAUUCCAGUACACUCACCGGGACGGGGACUCUGACUUCGAGGAUGACAUCCCCUAUUCCCAGCCUCUCCCACAGGAGUCCCCGGCCAGGCGGCCGAGGCAGCCGAAGGCAGGCCGGGCUGGAGGCGGGAAGGGCGCCGGCGCCUCCAAGGCUGGGGGCAAGAGGAAGCAGGUGGUCACGGCUUCUUCAGGGCUCCCUACGGAUAAGGCUGAUGAUGGAUCCUAUGGGAAGGGCUGUGCAGCACCCAAGGGGAGAACUAAAGUGACACCUCACCCAGAAGGAGCCAAAGAGCAGGAAAAGCCCUCUGUUUUUUCAGGGCCUCUGGCAGCUGAUGGUGAGGAACCGGCGCUCUCGGCAUCUCAGGAGUCGGCGGCUUCUUCAGGGGAUGGAAGCGACAUCUCCUUUGGAUCACAGAGUUCUUUUGUGAAUGGAUUUGAAACCUGUGCUUUUGCAUCUGAGGAGGAGGAAGAGGAGUUUCCAGCAUCUCAAGCAGCAGCUCGGGAAGAAGAAAAGCUGGAGGCAGUGAGGUGCUACAUCCGCUCAAACACAGCCCUGUACAACAGGAUUCUCUUCUAUGAGCCACUCGAGCUGGUGGAUCUGCACGCAGAGCUCAAACAGAACGGCAUCAAAAUUUCCAAGGCAAAGCUGCUGGACUUCCUGGAUUCUCAGUGUAUCACAUGUACCAUGGCCGGAGCCCGGAAAGAGCAGGGACAGAAAAGAAAAGAGAACAAAAAACAGAGAAGGCGACGCCGAGUGAAGGCCACUCCUCCACCCUGACAGUCCUGGGCGUGGAGGCCUCGCUGCUGAGCUGGAAACCCCCUUCCCAGAUGGAGCUCCCAUGGUGGGUGCUGGGUGGGAGCACAGCUCCUCCUCGUGCCCUGCUCCCAGAGCACAUCCCAGAGAACAGGGCUGAGCCGCGCUCCCGUUCCAGAGCCAUGGGAACCUCUGCUCCGAUGGCACAAACCCCUCCAUCGCUGGCCUGCCUUCAGCACACAGCUACCCUAGACCCUCCUCCCCCCCAGUUUUACUUUUGUGCCUUUUCUUUCCAUUUUUCCAAUAGGUUUAGGUCCCCAACUUUUCUUCAUGGUGGUGCUUCCCUCAGUGACGCUUUUCAUGACCUUUUCCCUGGCUUUGGGCUGGGAAACGUGUCCCCCUUCACCUUCCAGUAUUCAAUCCACUAUGGAAAGGGGUGCUUGUUUGGACUGGGGACUUCCACCUUCCCCUCUUCAGCACACUUUGUCCUGCUGAUUGUGAAGUAGGACAUGUAUGUAGAAAUACAUACAAGGCCUCUUUUCUGUCCUUGGUUCACUUUCCAAUCUUUAGUAAACUUUCUCAAUCUGUGUUUCUAGAACAGUAGCAGAGCAGUGGAGGUGUCCUUCUUUGGUCUCUUUGGGAUGGCUCCCAAAAGCACCCCUGACACCCAGUGUCAUGAGAAAGCCCUUUAGAUUGGAAAAUUCAGUGGGGUGUGUCCAUUUCCAGGCUGGAUCUCUGUUAAAAUCCCUUCUGCUGCAUCUCCUGAAUGCCCUUUGACCUUAUUGGUGCAGCCUGAGUGUGUCUCUGGCACAGAUGUCUUGAAUGCAAGAUUACAGUGCCCACUGGAUCUCUUCAGCACUUCUUACACCCUGAAAUAAAACUGCUGUUCUGAUCAGUCCCAUUUACAAACUGGACUGAUCCCACUUGGAAACUGUCUGGGACUCUUGGGGAGGUCUUAGACCCUAAAUUGUCUUAUUCUGUGUAUCAGGUUUCACAUCUUCUGAUUUCUUUCUGUUCUGGCACUUCGGAGUGUGCAAAGAGUCACUGAACAAAAUGGACACAACACUUCACAAAAAGAAGCCAGAUUUCUAAAGGUAUUUAUAGACUUGGAAUGUAAAAUUUUUAUUUUUUAUUUUUGAUAAAGUAUUACCUUCAGUUUUGAUUUCUAUUCUAUACAAUAAACAAUCUGUAAAGUC